AAAACAGCCACACACACGCACUCACGGCAGCUUCAUAUGACACGGUGCAGACCUGCGGAUUUCCCAACACCUAUGUGCUUUUUUUUUCACUUUCUUACAUAAAAAGAAAAUCUUUUUACAUUUAGAAGUUAUUUCACACAUUUUUAAAUGUUCUUUUUAUCCCGGGACUUGCGGGAUGUGGGCGACUUUUGAACUUUAGAUGCUUGGAUGUUUUCAGGAGCGCUUCCAAGUGCGCAAAAACGUGCCUACUGCCAUUCAACCGACUGAUGCCCCCCUCUCUGUCUGAGUCGCAGUGAAUCAUGUCACGCCGGAAGCAGAAGCGACCCCAGCAUUUAGUUAACGCGGAUCCGGGGGGCCCACGGCUGCUUUCUCAGGAUGAUCACCUGGGUAUGAAGUCACCCUCCACAUCUCUUGGCUCAGAAGUGACCUCAUCAGGGUCCUCCUCAUCAUCCCCCAACUCUCUCCAAGACUGCCAGCCACCUCUUGCCCCUCGCCCAUCCCCUGGUGGGCUCCACGCGCCCUCCUUGCCCAGCGAGAGCUCGCCUCCUCCCCACUGGCCCAGCCACAUCGCCCCCUUUACCACCUCCCUCCCAAACACCCACUCUUCGCUCUCCCCAGACUUUCCUCACCCCUCGCUGUCAUCCCAGACUCACUCACCUCCUCCCCUGGGUCAAACCUCAGGUUCCCACAGCCUGUCCCACCAAGGAAAUUCUCACUCCACCAUGACCUCUCCACCGAUAGGGAGCUCAGCCACCACUACUACCUCCCUCUUCCUCCCCUCUUCAUCUUCUCAGUGUGUGCAGCCUCACCGUGACAGCUCCAGUCCAGGUCAUCAGCAGGCUUCCAGCUCUCCGGGGCAGCAUGGACAGAUCCAGGUGUCACCAACCCUGGCAGUACUCUUAGAGGAGCUGAGGAUUUUACAGCAGAGGCAAAUCCACCAGAUGCAGAUAACAGAGGAGAUCUGUAGGCACGUUCUCAGGCUUGGAGGUGCGGUCUUUGGCCAAGAUAAUAACACACAGGCCAAUGGUGCAGACAGCAACCACAAGACCACAGGAGCAGCAUCUUCGUCACCGACACACCCCUCCACUGCCACACCAGUAACCACAGCCUCAUCUCUUUUGACUGGCAGCAGAGUUCCAUGCUCCUCUUCCUCUUCCUCAUCCAUUUCAUCCACUAUUAGCUCCUCUGUUGCCUCCCUACACCCUCUUUCCUUGUCACUAGGCCUACCACCGCGCUACCUCCAUGAGAAAUCAUCCAACACCUCUUCAUUUGGUCAUGGCAAUGCUAUCAGUUUCCCCACCCCUCCCCUUCCUACAACCAGCCAUUCCCAGGAACUACAGCCCAGCUCCUCUCUGGGCUCUGCCUCAUCAGGACGCCCUCAACAUGCAUGCCGUUUUUGUGGCAAGGUGUUAAGCAGCGAUUCAUCACUCCAGAUCCAUCUGAGGUCGCAUACCGGUGAGAGGCCCUACCAGUGUCCAGUCUGCUUGAGCCGUUUUACAACCAGAGGGAACCUCAAAGCCCAUUUCCUGCGACACAGAGAGCAGAACCCAGAGCUGUCCCUCCCUUUGCCCCCAGCACUGUCAGAGCAAACACAGAGUGCUCCUGGUCCCAUCCAGAGAAGGAGAAAACGGCGGGCUGAUGAUGACGAGCCAUUUAAUGCAGUGAAAGGAAGUAUUCCAGGGAUGACAGAGAACAUGGCAUUAGGAUUCUUGUCUGGUGGGUCCACUCGGCCCUCGCCUUCCUCUUUACCUCUGCCCCCGGUAGACAUGGCGUUGCUGUCCACAGCCCACUCGCUGCUUCAGCUGAACAGGGCCUCGGCUGCAGCUGUUGCCAGCACAUCUACCACUGGGCUGCCUUCUACUUCAUCCAUCUUCUCCUCUUCCAUGGGCAGCCAGUUCAAAGGAGCAAAGCAGCAGCGAUUUGAUGAAAACACACCUCCACACUCCUCCCUCCAUACAAGCUCUCCAUACUCCCAAUUGGCCCACCUGCCUAAGAUUCUCUUUCCUGGAGGUACAUCCCCUCAUCACCUUGCACUUCUCCGGCCCCCAGGCCACCCAUCCACUUCCCACCUUACUUCGCAUCAUCAGCUACCCUUCCCCUUUCCACCUUUUCCCAAACCAUCAACCUCCUCCCCCUCUUCAUCCUCGCCCACCGCCUCUACCCAGACCUCAGACACCUCCAAGUUGCAGCGCCUGGUACAGAAGCUUGAAAGGCGGCCUCAGGGAGGUGCCUCUUCUUCAACUGCCUCCUCACAAUCACCUGCUGAAGCAAAUGGGGACACACACGGCCAUGACUUGUCUACCACCUCCAGUGCCUAUCGCAGGGAAAUGUUGGCUGCUCUUGGCCUGAGCCCAAGUGCCAAUGCUGUUGGACUAAUGACCAGCCAGGGAGUCUCAGGUUCUGGCACUACAACUACCAUGACUACCCAUUCUCUGCCUACCGCCCAGGCUGCUAAUCAGUGUGGAGUGUGUCUGCGUGUCCUCAGCUGCCCCAGAGCUCUGCGUUUGCACCAGGCCACACAUCUGGGGGAGCGGCCAUUCCCUUGUAAGCUUUGUCGUUCCUUCUCCACUAAGGGCAGCCUCAGAGCCCACCUGGCCACUCACCGUGCAAGACCGGCCAACUCCCGUGCCUUGAACUCUUGCCCAUUAUGCCCACGCAAGUUCACCAAUGCCUUGGUUCUACAGCACCAUAUCCGCUUGCACCUAGGAGGGCAAAUACCACCUGACGAAGAUAUGCCUUCUGAAGACGCUGCGGAAAUGGAGAAUGCUGUCAUGUAUGAGCGUGAGAACUCCCCAUCUAUAGCCCAACAACUUCUUCCUCUGGCCUUAACAAAAGCUCCAACUGCUGAGACCACUUCUGUGAAGACAGAGGAAUCAGAGGGUUCAACACCAAGUGUUAGCCCACCCCUGACCCGUAAUCCUCCCUCAGUGGGAGCCGAGGACCCCCUGCGUCUGGGAGACAACACCCUAGCUGAUGGUAGCCCCAUGAACAGCUCCCUAUACUCUGAAGAGGAGACACAUGCUGACCUGGGCAGCACCAGCCCUUUCAAUGCACCCUUAACUAGUUCUCAUUCAACUGUAGUGAAUGGAGACGCAGAGGCAGAUGACACCCCUCUAUCCCUCUGUGUUUCAAAGCCUGGAGUAGAAAAUGAUAUGCUGCAUUCAGGGGUUAGUAAUGACGAAGUCUGCUCCACGGACAAACCCACCACAAGUCCUGAUUCUAACCCCAAACCCCCAGCUGCAAAUCCCUCACCUGCACUCACACCACCAGCCAGCCCCAAAGCUAUCGCUGAAGCACAAGAGGCCUGUGGCAGUGUACCACAGGAGGCACAAGAGAAAGAUGCUGCUCAAAGCAAAGGCAAGAGUGAGACCACCACACUCAUAGAGCAUUUGCCAGUGUUGGACCCAGAGAAGGAUGCUCCAAUAGAGGAGGGUUACAGUGUGCAAGAAAAGCCUUCAGAGGACCCAGAGCCUUCUGUCCCAGCACCAGCCCUGAACGCCCAGCCUCCUCGCCCUGACAAACCCUACAGCUGCUCCCAGUGUGGAAAGGCAUACGCCAGCCGUAGCGGACUAAAGGGCCAUAUGAAAACUCACCCCGGAGCGUUGACCAAUACCCCCUCCAAGGCUCAAACCAAUGACACUGACAUUGUGGAGGAUUGCAGCUCAACUUCAGCCAAUAAGAAACUGGGACAGCAAGAGGAAAAGCAAGGAUUGGCUAAAUCCUCUGAGAAAGAUGACAGCACAGAUCCUUUACCAAUCAGUGUUGUUCCUAGUGAGGUGGGCGAGUCUAUGGACACUACUGUGUAGAGUUAGUAUCGUUAAGUGGCUGCAGUCAGUCUUUAAAAAAAAAAGGGUCCUGACAAGGGAAUGUAUUUUUAAUAGAAAGAGAUUUUUUUCUAGAGUUAUUAAUUCAAAUUCAUGUUUACCUUUGGUAUUAAGCAGAUAGAUCUAGUUUUUAUUGUAGUAACAUUGCAAGAGAUUUGUGAAUGUAGUACUUUAGCUAUGUAUUUUUGUAUUUCAAAGACCACAGUGAGGCCUUAUCUUACACACUUCACAGAAUUGUCACAAUGAGAAUUAAUUGUUUGCGCUUUUUUUGCUGACACCCAUUUCAGCACAUACUGUAUAAGCUGAUUUGAAUAAGAGGGACGAUCCAGCAUUUUACAAGAUGAACUCCAUACCAAAACAGGCCAAAUUCGUAACGGCCAAUGUUUGUAAAUAUAAGCUGCGGUUACAUUUUAUGCCUUUUUAUUGUUACAUUCUCUUUCCUUUUUUUAAUGCCAUGCUGCUGAAUGCAUGUUUGUGAUGUGCUGAGUUGCACUGUGAGUUGCACUGUGUCCUGUGCUGUCGAAACAUCUUAAACAAAACCAUUAGUAAUAAUAACCACGAUGAUAAUGAUGGCGAUGAUUGUGUUAGAUUAUCAGUACUUCUGUGAACACUCUCUGUACUUUUAGCUGUAACAUUACCUAUUCAUACUGAUGAUUGUAAGUUUUUUUUCUUGUUGUUGAUGCUAUCUGCAGGGUCAAAUCAACAAGGAUGAUGAGCCCUGUUCGUUAUAAUUUUCCCUCCUUUAUCUUUCCUUUCCCCCCCUCUUCCCCCUGAUCUUCUCUCUCAAAGCACUUGAGAGUUUUAUGCUCCUGCAGAAACUGUCUGCACUCACUGCAUUCCUACUUUGCCCAGUUUAGUAUUUGUGUGCUUUGUAAAGUCUUCUUUGUAGCAAUGACAAAAUACGUUCCCAUGCCUCCCAUGUGAUGUAAAAAGAUAAAUAAAACGAUGUGAAGAAGAGACCCGUUUGUUGCUCGUCUG